AUGUCAUCCAACGACAAUCCCCCCGAGUCUGAGCCCGCAGCUCCCAAGAAAGGCGCCCGCUUCUGGCUCGUCUUUAUCGCCAUCGCUCUAACGACUUUCCUCGCCGCCCUCGACACGUCCAUUAUUUCCACGGCCCUUCCAACAAUUACUUCAGAUCUAGGCUCCAAUUCUCUCUACGUCUGGAUUGUUGACUCCUACCUCCUCGCUUCAACGGCCACUAUUCCCAUCUUUGCGCAAGCUGCCAACAUCUAUGGACGUCGCAGUCUUACACUCAUCGCCGUGUGCCUGUUCACCCUUGGCAGCGGCCUCUGCGGCGGCGCCCAUAAUACCGCCAUGAUGAUCGGAGGUCGCUCUGUCCAAGGUGUUGGCGGCGGCGGCAUCCUCACAAUGUCGGAGAUUGUCGUCUGCGAUAUGGUCUCUGUCCGCGAACGGGGCAUGUACGCUGGAAUCAUCGGUGGUGUCUGGGCUAUCGCAUCAGUCAUCGCUCCCAUCAUGGGCGGCGCCUUUGCUCAGAACGUCUCAUGGCGAUGGAUCUUUUACAUCAACCUCCCCAUCUCUGGCGUCGUACUCGUCGCUUUGAUCGUCUUCCUCAAGCUCGCCCGCCCCCCAGCGGGCACGUUCAAGGAACAAAUGUCACGAAUUGACUGGGGCGGCAGCGUCCUCUUGAUCGCCUCAGUCACGGCCGUUGUUCUUGCUUUGAGCUGGGGAGGCUCUCAGCAUCCUUGGUCUUCGUGGCGAACCCUCGUUCCUUUGAUCCUUGGUCUCGUCGGUCAAUUGGCCUUCUUUGCCUACCAAGGUGCACCUUGGCUCAAGGAGCCGACAAUGCCUUUGCGCUUGUUUGGCAAUAGGACCUCGUCGACCCUCUUCGUCAUCAGCUUUGUCCACAGUAUGCUGCUUUUCUGGGUCUGCUACUUUCUCCCCGUCUACUUCCAAGCUGUCAAAGAGGCCAGCCCUGCUCGCUCAGCCGUCAUGCUCUUCCCCAUAGCCACCACGAGCGCCCCAGGCGGUGUCAUUGCCGGCAUCGCCAUCACAAAGACAGGCAAGUACCGAGUUUGGCACUUUGUCGGCUUCGCUCUUAUGUCAAUCUCGUGUGGCCUUUUUACGCUCCUCGACGAUAAAUCGUCAAUUGGUCGCUGGGUCGGUUUUCAGUUACUCUUCGGUUUCGGCACAGGCUUCGUCUUUACCAGUUGUCUUCCGCCCAUCUUGGCCAGUCUUCCCGACUCUGACGUCGCCACUGCCACGGGCGCGUGGACCUUUUUGCGCAACUUUGGCUCCAUCUGGGGAAUUGCCAUCCCAGCCGCAGCCUUCAACACACGCGUCAAUUCGUCUCUUGACAAGGUGUCGGAUGGUUCUGUUCGAGAAAUGCUCAUCAAUGGCGGAGCCUACGAACAUGCGACCAAGACAUUUAUCCAGGCCGUUAACAGUACCCCCAGGCUCAAAGCUGAGAUUGUCCAGGUCUACAUGGAUGGACUGAAAUUGGUCUGGCAGGUCUCGAUCGCCUUUUCUGUGCUUGGCUUCGUCCUGGCCUUUUUAGUCAAGUCGCUGACGCUACGCGAUGAACUCAACACGGAGUUUGGCCUGGAGGAGAAGGAGACGACCAAGGAGAAGUCCAGCGAGGAGGGGAAUACCUCGUAA